AUGAACUCAUGUGCUAAAACCAGCCCCUUCCUCGGAAACAACACGUGCGUGACCAUUUUCUUCGCACCGGACAUAAAAGGACACAAGCCUUUUUCUGUGCGAACAUGUCUAUUUGUCUGUGGAUUAUUGCCAAUACCGAGGAGACCGUGCUUCCACAUCUACUGUGCCCACAAUGCAUCCAACGUCAUAUUCACGGUCAAGGAUGACAACCCGAUUGGUGCCACUCUAAUCGAGAGGGCCUGUGUGCCUGUCGACGAGCUCGUGGACGCCGAAGAAAUUGACCGGUGGGUUGAGAUACUUGACGAGAACAAAAACCCGAUAAGAGAGAAUCCAAGAUCCACUUAUUGGACGUCUCUCAUGACCGCAACUGGGACCGCGGGAUCAAGAGUGCCAGAUACCCUGGUGUAUUGUACACUUUCUACUCCCAGAGAACAAAUAAUCGUGUCUCCUUAUACCAGGACGCUCACAUUCCAGAUAACUUCAUCCCUCGGGGGAACGUACUAUGAGUCGCACAGAUGCUGGGAAGACGUUUUUUAUGCCAUCACAAAUGCUAAGCACCUGAUAUACAUCACGGCCUGGUCCGUGUACACUUUCAGAUUUCGACCAUGUUACCAUCAGAGAAUUGUUGUGGUCGUCAGUGAUUUGCCGAGCGGGCAAUCGGAUAAGAGAAGGAUUGUGAGUUUUGUGGGCGGCAUCGACCUUUGUGACGGGAGUUAUGACUCGCCUUUCCACCGGAAAACAUGUCGGUUGGGAAAUUCGUCGAACAAUGAUGGGCAUAGUCGAUUUGUCCAAGCUUCGAGCCCACAUGGAUGA